CUCCCAUUACUUCAGCCGGCUGCACGUCUCCCCCUCUUAUCAAGCGUUCGACAUGAGAGAUUUCCUCACCACGCGGAACCAGAACUCCUGGAAGGAGCUGAUUGAGAAAGAAAAACUCGCCAGGUUGACCUGGAAGCUGAACUACAGCGAGGAGCAUCCCGGGAAGCCAUGGGAGAGCAGAAGAAAGCGGCGAGAGGUCCCCGUUCCCAACGCCGGGGCCGUCACGCUUCCACCCAUCAAAGCUUCACAGCCACCACCGGCCAAGAGUCCGAAGCAGACUGACCAGGAGAACGCGGACAUCCGGGACCUGAGCAUCAUGAGGCCGGUCAGCCCGAGAACGGCCUCCCUGCGCUACGACGGCUACUCCCAGGAGGGCAAAGGCCGCGUUCUGUAUCUAAAAAAGCGCAAGCAGCUCGGGCCGGAGGAGAAAUAUCCGUUACCGGUGUUAUCGUCCUGGGAGUACGGCUGGAGGUUAGGUGAGGUUGUGAAGGAGAUUAAGCCUCCAGUUCACGGGAGGUCCUCGAUUGUACAAGAACAUUUCUACAGAAAUAACGGAGUCUUUGUGACCUCGUCGUUCUCGGACAGAUUGCUCGUUUCUUAAUAAUCAUUUCUGGAGGGGAAAAAGCGUCCCACCGGAAAAUGAUAAACGUGGCCAGCGGUGAGGAGCGCCCCGCGCGAUGUCCUCAACAAAAGGCUGCGAUUAAACCUUUUUCUCUGCGUUAACCUGUCGUAUCUUCCGUACUUCCAAAC